AUGUCAUUCCACGCAUUGCUCAACGAUUUCUUAUUUACACCAAAAUACUGUCGGAUAGCGAUGUGUAUCCUAAUGGCUUUGAGCCAGUUGGUCUCAUCGGACUCCGAGAGUGAAGAGAUGGACCGGGAACCCUACAAAGAAUUGGACAAAGUACUCCAAGAUUACGAGUCCUCAGUAGCAAAACCUAAUGCUGUGAAAGAACACUUCUACUUUCCAUAUUGGGAUAAGGGGCAUUGGGUGUUCGACAGAAUGAAACUUAAGUCCACAGAGCGACCCUUAGGACACUUUCUUCAGAAGGGCAAGUGGGCGAAACACUACGAAUGCAAUCAAAUAUGUCUCGGAAUUUACGAGGCACAUGGCGAAAUCUGCGCCCAAAGGUUCGUGACCCGCGCGAGCAAAUGGAAGUACGAAUACAAAAAGUUCCGGAACAUGUGCUAUCUGGAGUACGAAAACUGCAAACACGUGUAUAAGCACUGGUACCCGAUACACGAGGGCGGUUGUCCGGAGUUCAAGAGGAUGACCCAAAACCCCACGAGCGCAUGGAGGGUGGCUAAUCGAGUGCAGAAGUGGCAGAGACGAAUCAAGUCGAAUAAAAUCACAGUGGGCCAGCAAAUGUACUAA